GUUGAUUUAUAAAAUAUCCCCAUCUUGUAAAUCCUUUCAACUCCUGGCAUCAGCUUAGAGAGCAGGCAACAUGCGUUUCACAUUGAUCCUCAUCGUCUGCUUGGCUGCCUUCUACAAAGGAGAAACAGUGGGCCAUGGUGGUAGCGAUACCAAAUGCCCCAUCAACAUCAAGGUGCUUAACGCGGUCAAUGGAACCCCAGCAGCAAAUCUUCAUUUGCAAAUAUACCGACAAAAUGCAGACCUCAGUUGGCAACAGCUCAAUACCAGAAUUACAGCAAUUAAUGGAGAAGCUCACAAUCUUACCACAGAGGCAGAUUUUAUUCCAGGAAUGUAUAAGAUCCACUUCAACACUGCUGAUUAUUGGAGGAACUUGGGAUACACCCCCUUUCAUGAAUGUGUCAAUGUGGUUUUCCGUGUAGAUGAAUCCCCUCAUCAACACUACACUCUUGCACUUCUGUUGAGUCCUUUCUCCUAUUCCACCACAGGAAUGAUCAGAAACCCACACUAGACCAAGUAAACAGCAAAGUUUCUUCACAUUCACAUUCUUCAAUCUUUUCAGAUUGAAAUGGUAAAUCACAUGGAAAGAAACUACAAACUAUUUAACUAGCGGUCAAAACUUUAUUUGUGAAUCAUAGUUUAACUCAAUAUUUGUCACGAUUUGCUUGGUUCUUAAAUAUUUUUGAUCAAGAAACUGCACAAUAAAAGCACAUCUUCCUGUGAAAAUGUUAUCUGUUGUCAAAUAAAGUCACCCAUUUAUUAGUU